AAGAGGGGUUUUUGGCUGCGCUUCAGUAUCCCCAAACGCUGAAAAGUAAAACUGAUAUUCCCAAAUUGGUUGGAAAUCGGAGAAAAUGGUCGGCGGCGGCGCCGGAGGAAAAGAAGGUGACUGGGAGUGCGGGGGAUGUCGCAACAGGAACUACGCAUUCAGAUCCUUUUGCAACCGCUGUAAGCAGCCUCGCCUUCUUGUUGACAUCAAAACCCCUGCCGAUUCCAAGUGGCUUCCCCGGAUAGGCGACUGGAUCUGCACCGGUUGCACUAACAACAAUUAUGCAUCAAGAGAAAAGUGCAAAAAGUGUGGGCAACCUAAGGAGAUAGCAGCAAUGCCAGCUGUUGCAAUCCCUGGAGCAUCUCUCCCUACUCAUCCUACUUAUUUUCCCAGGGCUCAAGGAGGCAUGGAACAGAUGUUGAAUGUUGAAUCUCUACAACCAUCAAUGCCUUUGAGCUCUGGUUGGCCCCUUGGAGGGACUGGUCAAUAUGGAAAUCGCUCUAGUGAUCCCCAGGGUUUUCAGCCAGCAUCUACUUGGCCCCUGGGAGGUAAUAACAUAACUGGAAUCCCAUAUGCUGGCCAAACAAGUCAACUUCCUACAGUUACUAAUGGUAAUGGCUGGCGAGCUGGUGAUUGGAUGUGUAAUUGUGGAUUCCACAAUUAUUCUUCACGUGCACAGUGCAAGAAGUGCAAUGCUCCUAAACCGUUAUCGACACUCUCAUCUCUCAUUGCCCCAGCAGUUACAGCUCUUGGAACAAAACGCCUCGCCUCGGAAGAAUUGGUCCAUAACUGGAAUAAUAAGAGAUUAAAUGCAGGACAAGCGUAUGGUCUGCAGCAAUUAUUUACUGGGCUUGGGUCACUCCCAAGCCCCAGCGGUAAUCAAUUAAAUGGUAUGUACUCUACCCUUCCGAGCGGAAACCCAGCUGGCCAUCCAAAUAUGCAAGUUAACCUUCAUGUGCCGCAUAUUCCUGCAACUCCUGCACUCGUUGGGAAAGGAGCAAAGCAAUGGCGCAGUGGGGACUGGAUGUGCUCGAACUGCAACAAUCACAAUUAUGCCUCUCGAGAGCAGUGUAACAGGUGCAAAAGCCAGAGAGAGGUGCCUUCUCAAACUGCCGAUUCGGAUUGAACCUAUGCGGGGUUCUUAAAAGAAUUAAUCACCAAACGUGAGUGACGAUGUUUUCUAUUGGAUUUGUCCGAACCGAGGAGAUAGAGUUGAAGUGAUUCAGAUUUAUUAUAUGGUAUCUUCUUAUCUUGUGUCUGGGCUUGUAUGCAUGCAUACAUGUUUAUGAACUUCUUUUUUUCUUUUUCUUUUUUUUUCUCUCUCUGAUGGAGUUGAAGCUAUUAUGUGGAGUAUUUAACUUGUUCUUGCUUUGUUGGUUUCCCUAAGUGUGAGAAAUAUGCAUUGGACAUAAUGUAACUACAAAAAAUAGAAAAACAAAAUGUGAGUUAAUAUGUAUGGCUGGCAAUUGGGACGA